AUGAAUACCACAGAAAAUCGCAGCAAACGCGCAUUGCACGAGCUGCAUUUACCACAAUCUAGGGAAAAUGGAGAUCUGGGGCCUUCGCAAUCAGGAUUUGUAUCGAAAGUAGCAGCAAAGCCUGUCCCGGUCGCUAAGUCAUGGGCGCAUUUCGUUGCGGGAGGUGUAGGAGGAAUGACAGCCGCAGCCCUCACGGCACCUCUCGAUGUUCUAAAAACACGCCUGCAAUCCGAUUUCUACCAAGCACAACUGGCACAGAGUCGUUUGGCCAAAGGAAUUUCUCCACAUGCACAUCUCUCUCCAAUACGCAGCGCGCUCUUACAUUUUCGUGAAACCUUUCAGAUUUUGGGUUCAGUACAUAGAAUCGAGGGGUAUCGUGCGCUAUUUAAAGGAUUGGGGCCAAAUCUCGUGGGCGUGGUUCCUGCGAGGUCAAUCAACUUUUUUGUUGUGGGUAACGGGAAGAGGAUAUUGGCGGGAUAUAAUGGUGGAGAGGAGUCGGCGUGGGUAGUUUGUGUUGCGGCUGCCGCUGCGGGAAUUACAACGAGCACGGUUACGAAUCCGAUUUGGUUGAUCAAAACCAGGUUACAACUGGAUAAGAAUGUGGCGGAGAGAGCGGGAGAUGUAGGAAAGAGACAGUACAAAAACAGUUGGGAUUGUAUUAAGCAGGUUGUUAGGGGAGAAGGUUUACAGGGUUUAUAUAAAGGGAUGAGUGCAAGUUACUUAGGCGUCACGGAAAGUACGCUGCAGUGGGUCUUGUAUGAGCAGAUGAAGAAGAGCUUGGAGAGGAGAGAGGAGAGGAUAAAUUUGAGUGGGAGACCUAGGAAUUUCUGUGAUCACUCUGUUCAGUGGACUGGAAGUUUAGGAGCAGCGGGAUUCGCAAAGUUUGUGGCAGCACUUGCGACCUACCCUCAUGAGGUUUUACGAACACGUCUACGACAAGCACCUUUAGACCAUGGACGCCCUAAGUACACUGGUCUCGUUCAGUGCUUCAACCUCGUUUGGAAAGAAGAAGGAAUGGUUGCUUUAUAUGGAGGCUUGACGCCGCAUCUAUUGCGAACUGUACCGAGUGCCGCCAUCAUGUUCGGCAUGUAUGAAGGAAUAUUGAAAUUACUGGAAAAGCCAGCUUCAUCCUAA